AUGAUGAGCAACCCGGUAUCUGAGAUCACCUCGGACCCAGCGCACUCCGAGGAGGAGCAGGAGGGGGAGGAGGAGUACGUGGGGAUGACCAAGGAACAGUUGCACUUCGGCGUGCACGAAGAACGUCGUGCAGUCAUGAGAGUCAUGUUCGCGUCCGUGUUUGACGACGGCGAGGAGAUCAAGGACGACGUCAAACAAACCCUCGAAAUGCUCGGAAUCGAUGAGGAUGAAAUGGCGGACCUUCAAGACAUAGGCGAUGCCAUGAUGGAAGAUUUGGAGGCUGCGGAGGACGACGAAGAGAUGGAGGCCAUAAUGUACGCGGCGGUGGACAAGUAUCUGGGAAUCGAGGACAACCCGUUCUUGGAGGCUGCGAACUAG